AUGGACUCGUUCAAUUCCUUACAAGACCGGCGUAACAGCUCGACUAUGUCUCCCCAGAUAGCUCAACAAAAUGUCAAUCUGGCGGGUCUGGGCCAGCCCAGGUCACAGACCACAAGUUCCUUCUAUCCGAACUGGUCUGGCGCCGGCGAUGACCUUAUGACUCCCCUUUCCUAUGAUUCCUCCAGUGCUCGUUCGCAAAUUUUCGGGUCUGCCAACUUUCAGACUUCAUAUCAAGAUUACAGGAGCAAACCCUUGUUGUCUGAGUGUGAUACAAACCCGGAAGACUCGGCUUACGGAAGUCGUCUUACUCAUAGUAUCGGUAAUCAUUCUACAUAUGGCGAAGACCUUGAUCCCGAUAUUCAAACAUUAGAUUCGCAAAACGCCGAUACUCAGCUCGUCAACAGCAAUCUCGAAUCGCUCCAACUUCAAUGCCAGGCUGCUGGCAACGCCUCUCAGCAGUAUCAGGAGCAAUGGGCUCGUCCUCGUCGUCCUGCAAGCGUGGCUGCAACACCAACAAGCGGAGAAAAGCGAUGGGGCUGCAGAGAGUGCCAGCAGUCAUGCCGUACGCGAUCGGAGCUGAGAAAGCAUGAAUUGAAGCACACUCGUCCCUGGUGUUGUAAUGUCUCGGGCUGUUCACGCAUCAAAGGAUUCACCUCAAAAAACGAUCUUGACCGACAUAAGAGGACAGUACACAGUGAUCAAACUGUUUCUGGGCGUGCCUUUGUAUGCAACAUUGGCAGUUGUGCGAAAAAGACCAAAAUAUGGCCCAGAGCAGAUAACUUCCGCAACCAUCUAGAAAGAAUGCAUCAUAAAUCAUAUUCAGCUAACGAUGAUUUGACGGAAUAUGUUUAUCGGCCCAUCCCGUCACAAGGUCUCGAGGGUAUUGGAGGAAGUGCUAUGGCAUAUCUUCAAGCUCAGGAACAAUCUCCUAACUUGGCACAUCCUUCCGCAAUCUUGUCCUCUCGCGGACACUCGGGGGACAGGCGAACUUCACAGCUUCAACUUGGCAUCAGCGGCCUGUCCCGAGGUCCAGCUUGUAUCUCAAUCGAACGAGAUAUAUCAGGUCUUGCUCCCGUACGAGAAAGCGAGGAAAAUUUUAUUCGACCUGAUAUACUCAGUGGGCCUAUUCCCGUACCCCAAGAUCGGUGGUCAGGACCUUCUCCCUCUGGAGAGGAUGCACCAGGCGAUUAUAUUACAACUUCUGAGUCUGGGCAACAUGACGAUGCUACCCCAGAUAACAUGGAUGGCGUGCAAGAAAGCGGAACUUCAGAAACGGAGGCAUCUAGCAUCAGCGACAAUUCGAGCUCCCAGCAACCCGAUAUUGGAAUGAUGGAUGUCGAUGAGGCUCAACAAAACCCAAGGGCGGUCACAUUGUCAGACCAGUCCAGCCUUGACUCUUCCAACAUCAGUCCAGACCUGACAUACGAAAUUCUUGACAAAAUUCCGAAAGAAGUGAUUGCAAGCUAUAUGAAAAAGCACUCGACUGAAAUCAGAGACGAGACGCCGAAAUCGGAUGUGCCUGGUGGCAAGAGCCAAGGCAACAUAUAUAAGUGCCAGGAUUGCGAUAAGACGUUCCCACGCCUCUGUGAGCUUAAGAAGCACCAGAAGAGGCACUCAAAACCAUACGGGUGUACCUCCAUCAACUGUAAUAAGACAUUUGGGAGUAAAAACGACUGGAAGCGACACGAGAGUAUCCAACACUAUCAGCUAGAGACGUGGGUAUGCAAUUGCACCAAGUCUGGCACCAACGAACUAUGCGGCAAGAUUUGCCAUCGCCGCGAGAGUUUCAGAAACCAUCUUACGAAAGAGCACAAAGUUUCUGACCAACAUGAACUGGAAGAAAAGGUCGACACAUGUAGAAAAGGCCGUCAUUGUGACGCCCAUUUCUGGUGCGGCUUCUGCGAGGAAACUAUCGAGACAAAGGAGACGGACAAUACGUGGACCAAACGUUGUGAUCAUAUUGAUGACCACUUCUCUGGUCGUGAUGUAGCCCAGAGGCAUAUCAGCGAAUGGGUACACGAGAAAGAUCCGAGCACCGGAAUCACUGCUACCCUGGGAGCUGCACCUGAAUCUUCGUCUAUUUCAUUUGUGCCUGAUGCCACCCCCCCUCAGCCCUCCACAUCGGAGGAUAAUAGCAUCGAAGACCGCCGAAACUGGAAAGACACAUACAUGUGGAUAUGCUGCGACUGCAAUAACGAGAAUAGCUUCCGUCACAACACAGUCCCUGUACUUAAGUAUGGGAGGAGCACCAACUUGCUGGAUAUUGCUGCUGUCUGGUAA